CAUAAAUGGAUGGAUAUGCAGGAUAUUUACUACUACUACCACUAUAAUAUGUAGAAAAGAGCAAUGCGAAGCGCUAAUGUAUCUCGCCACAAGUCUUAAUACAAGGUGUUGAGAAGAAGAGGAGUCGAAAAGCUGUGUGUGGUUCGGCGGGGAAAAGGAUUGGCGUGAACUUGAUCCCCCUCCAGCUCUAGCUACCGCAGCUACAGCGUUGUGAAUUGCCGCGUUGUUGUCUAAGACUAUGUAUGGGAAGGUUAUAAUCAUAUUCUUUAGCUCCCGUGUCAACAUCUCUCCUUGCCUCUCUAAAUCAUCGUCGGAGCCUAGCAUGAGGCUGGGUUCGAUUUGGCCGCCUGCCACUUGACUCCGUGGAUUCGCCGAAACUAUGGAGGUUUCCCUUCUUUUAAUGGCCAUUACCUCUGCCAGUCCAGCACGCGUCUGCAUCCGCGUCUGCGUUACCGACGUGCCAGGCAAUCCUCUCGACCGCACAGCAACACUAGGUCAAGAGUUCUGCAGCAAGGUACUCAACCGACCUUUCCAAUCGAUGCCAGAACUUUCGGGCUACGAUCAUGAUCACAUUCCUCCCUCAUUUGACUCACCCAAACCCGUGUCGGUUUGGUUCGUCUACGACUUCAACGUCACAUGCGAGCUUACCAAGCAACAACUGAAUGAUAUUCCGCACUACGUCUAUCUUGCAAGCCGACAACGCACCGGCGAGCUGGAGUUUGUCUCGCGGGAUAUCUGGAUCGAUAAGGCUAGGGAAAGGGCGAAAAUGUACACAUGGGGCGGGAGACAGGAGCAAGAGGAGUUGCGCGAAAUGCGAAACCGCAGAUGCCCAGAAGAGGGACCUGUAUUAGAGGUGACUUUAUGAAUUAA